UGUGCUUCCUGUGAGCCGACGAGCUUCUUGCUCCACACGACUUUCUGAAAGUCUCAUUACUGCCCAUUAACCCGGGGCAUGCUCAUUAUUCCUGCAUAAACAAAACCGGUCUUGGAUUUAAAAAACAAACAAACAUCUUGUACGACGUCUGGAUUUAAAAAAUAAUAAUAAAAAAAAGCCCGGCGCGUGACCCAGGAUCUCAACGCUGAAGACUUCUGCCACGUUUACCGAUGGAUCUCAAGUGUGCGAGUGUCUGAUCCACACUUGGUCUCAUGGCUCCUCUCUUGCCCUGACGUCUUGGUUUAGCCAGGAUCCAAAAUGAGCAUAAGCAGUGAUGAGGUCAACUUCCUGGUGUACAGAUACCUACAGGAGUCAGGAUUCUCUCACUCGGCGUUCACGUUUGGCAUAGAGAGCCACAUCAGCCAGUCGAACAUCAACGGUGCGCUUGUUCCUCCCGCAGCACUCAUCUCCAUCAUCCAGAAGGGCCUGCAGUACGUCGAGGCCGAGGUCAGCAUCAACGAGGAUGGCACCCUCUUCGACGGCCGCCCGAUCGAGUCCUUGUCCCUGAUCGAUGCCGUGAUGCCUGAUGUGGUACAGACGCGUCAGCAGGUGUACCGCGAUAAGCUGGCGCAGCAGCAGCAGGCUGCGCCGGGGACAACGGGCAGCGCCGGCGCCAAGAACGGAGAGAGCGCCGCCAACGGCGAGGAGAACGGCGCGCACAUCUUAUCUAACCAUCACUCGGACAUGAUGGAGGUGGACCGGGCGGUGGAGAUCCCGGCCCAUAAGGCCAUGGUGCUGCGCGGCCACGAGUCCGAGGUGUUCAUCUGCGCCUGGAAUCCGGUCAGCGACCUGCUCGCUUCAGGGUCCGGGGACUCGACGGCGAGGAUCUGGAACCUGAGCGAGAGCAGCUCGGGAGGCUCCACCCAGCUGGUGCUGCGCCACUGCAUCCGAGAAGGAGGCCAGGACGUGCCAAGCAACAAAGACGUCACGUCACUGGACUGGAACAGUGAAGGUACACUGCUCGCCACCGGCUCCUACGACGGUUUUGCCAGAAUAUGGACUAAAGAUGGUAACCUCGCCAGUACUUUAGGCCAACACAAGGGACCCAUAUUUGCUCUCAAGUGGAACAAGAAAGGCAACUUUAUCCUCAGUGCUGGCGUCGAUAAGACCACAAUUAUUUGGGAUGCACACACAGGAGAGGCCAAGCAGCAGUUUCCAUUCCAUUCAGCUCCCGCUCUUGACGUGGACUGGCAGAGCAAUAAUACAUUCGCUUCCUGCAGCACAGACAUGUGCAUCCAUGUGUGUAAGCUGGGCCAGGACCGACCGGUUAAGACAUUCCAGGGUCACACGAACGAAGUGAACGCAAUUAAGUGGGAUCCAACCGGCAGCCUCCUGGCUUCCUGCUCCGACGAUAUGACGCUAAAGCUUUGGAGUAUGAAGCAGGAUACGUGCGUUCACGACCUGCAAGCCCACAGCAAAGAGAUUUACACCAUCAAAUGGAGUCCCACUGGACCUGGAACCAACAACCCCAACGCCAGUCUCAUGCUGGCCAGCGCGUCGUUUGACUCGACAGUGCGGCUGUGGGACGCCGAACGUGGCGUCUGCGUACACACGCUGACACGGCACCAGGAGCCCGUCUACAGCGUCGCGUUCAGCCCCGACGGCCGCCAUCUCGCCAGCGGCUCCUUCGACAAAUGCGUGCACAUCUGGAACACACAGAGCGGCGCCCUCGUGAACAGCUACAGAGGGACAGGUGGGAUCUUCGAGGUGUGCUGGAACUCCACUGGAGACAAAGUAGGAGCGAGUGCGUCAGAUGGAUCGGUUUGUGUUCUAGACCUGCGGAAAUGACUGCCAAGGAUGGGGGGAAGCAAGGCAUCGACAAAGAAUGUGCACUUCGCCAAAUUGAAAGACUCUCCACAUGAGCUGCCGUGUAUUCCCGUACAGGAUACGCGGCUAAUAAAUCGGCCACGCACCAAAAUAUCAGUCGUAUAUCUUUCGCGUCCCUUUUUAGGCCAUUCCAGUAAUCGGGACGCACCCGAUUUACAGCCUCGGUGAUGUGAGCACCAGAAAGCGACCUGUCGAACUCGAAGGCGGCUGUUCGGCCCCAGUACCGAUUUAGUUUAAUCGGACGGCUGAUUGUUUAUACGAGCUAUGCAACGUUACGGCUAGACGAAAAUAAAUAAAUAAAUCACACGGGAUUGACGAUCCAAGUUAUCAAAGGAUAGAGUACGGAAGAUAAAAUUACAGGCAAAAAAAAGUCAGUUACUAAGAAAACUUGAAAAUAAUUAAAGCGAACGUCCAGUGCGGUGUUUGUCUGUCUUUUGAAUCCUUGGCUAGCUGUAACAGUAAACACCGGUUCGGAUUUCGUGGCUGCUUCAAAAUCAGUUAGUGAUGAACUUUGUAUUUACAUCAGAGGCUUUUCCAAAACCGGUUUCAAGUCGACGUUGCGACUGAAGUCCGACGUCAAGUUUGCACACGUUACACCAUCCACUCAAGUUUCUUUAUAAAAUACCAUUAGACAGUCGGUUUUGCGUCCCCCCCCCCACCCGCCGCAGAAGCGAAAGGACGGACUGCGAAGACGUUUCUUUCCUGCACUUUAGAUAGACGCGACACCAAGAAAUUCGUCAAGCACUUAAUUCUGACGAAAAUAUCAUUUAUGUAUUGACUUGAACGUUCUCUACGAUGCUCGUUUGUAACUCGUGGCAUCCCGAUUUUUUUUUUUUUUUAAACUUUUAUUACAUACAACGGCUUCACGUUAUUUUGUCAAAUCAUAAUUUGCUGAUUUUUGUCCAGAAUGUUGCUAAAAUUUUGUAAAGAGAGUAUUUUGAUGCCUGCUUGAACUAAUCGAUACUACACAGAUUGUACCAUAAAGACGCCUAUUUAUUAUAUUGUCUAUGACAGUGGAACGGUAUUUUAUAACGUUUUUGGUUUUAAAGACACGCUUUUUACAGAGACUUCUUUCAGUCUCGGCGCUCGCCUCGCCGUGUCUUUUUGUACUCUUUUUUGGAACCUUUUUGUAAUUCUGCUUUAUUUGUAGUCAUCUGUGCAAAAACAUCUAUAUAUAAAAAAAAAUUAAAAAUACAGGCAUAUCCUUUAAAAAAAAAAAAUUAAAGUGGACCAUGUAAAUAAAUACCUGUUCACAUCCCCCAGCUUCUUUUUUUUUUUGACCCAACAAAUUCCCUACCACCAUUUUCUUUCUCCUGUUCAGUUUCUUGCAAAGUUGAUUUGACUUUGUGAUUUUUUUUUUUUUUUUUUUUUGAGUCAAAUGGAAAA